GCGAUUAGUCGGACUUGUGAAUGCAAACAGACAAACGUAGCAGAGUACCGAUCGAAUCGGUCCAUUUUUAGCACUUGCAGCAAAUGUCUGCUGGUGCAACUCUAAAGCUAAUUUUCUUCAUCGAGUUUGAAUAUGUAUUAAGAAUAUAGAGUUUAUAGUGUUAUUUAAUGAGACGUUGGAUAUUACACAUAGGAAGUAAUGUACCAGAAGUCUCUCCGCGAGGCCUGUGAUAUGAAUGAAACCUCAUGUUGGGUUUAACAGUAACAUAUCUCUGAACUAGCACCAUUUAGCCAGUUAACGUUAGCUGCUGCUGGCUGGCUAAAUUGGUAAGCCUAUAUCUACUACUCUUAAUAAAUGUUUUUAUAUAAACAAAUCUGGUCAUAUUUGCGCUGCGUGUUGGAUCGUCUAAUGAGGUUUAUUGGCAUUAUUCAGUCGAACAACACAUACCAUAUGCUGGACAAUACCGAGAACAUGGUGCUGGUUCUUUUCUUUCAAUGAAUAGCAUUUAUUUUUUCUUAGAUUACUUGGUCUAUUGAUUUUUUGUUAUUUGUUGCUCUUGGAUUGUUACAAGGUCGGCCGCUCCUCUGAUAUCAAGAAAUCCAGAAGACUUAAUUUAUCCAUUUAUUUAUUCUUCGUAUUAUACUUAUGGAUUUGAAUUUUUACUCCGAUCUCUCGGACGGGACUGGUCAACAUGUUGAUUCUGAGUUCAUGGAUAACUCGUCUUACAAUGGAUAUGAUUCAGCGAACAAGUUCGCAGGUGGCAAUGAUUCAUACCUGACCAUCAGUGGACCUGGUCAUCACUGGUCAUCUGAGAAAACAUUCCAUACGCCCUGUCUGGGUGAUGAAGAGUUUGAAAUCCCACCAAUCUCCUUGGAUCCAGAUUCUGCGCUCACCAUAGAGGAUGUGGAGGCCCAUUUCGGAGAGCUGGCCGAACAGGCUGAGAGCUCUAGUACUUCUGGAGUUGGAAAUAGUCUUGCCAGUAAUCCUGUGGUAGGGGGGAAUGAUCCCUCUUUUGCCUCUGCUUUCAUGAAUCCAUCAUCUCAGGGCAUAGAGCACCUGAGUAUAGGUGUGAUUAACCAGCCGGGGGGAAGUGCACUACUGAGCUCAACUCUGGGUGUGGAUCUUGGGCAUUCUGUUGGCUCCCAUUUCAGUAGUUCCUCCUCCAUGACUAUCGAUGUUCCAAUAAAUGACAUGAACCAUAGUCUCUUGGGACACAACCAGCUCACCACCAUAGACCAUUCAGAUCUAAGUGCUCAGUUAGGGCUCAGCCUUGGUGGUGGAGCCAGUGUGUCAAAGUCUCCUGAACAACCGCUGUCAACCACACCAUCCCCUGCUGGCUCGUUGCAGCAUGAAGACAUGGAGGACUUCAGACAAAAAACUAUGCUGGUAGACUCCUCCUCAACCUCUCCGGCCAUCAUAUCGCACAUCCCCAACUUGACGGGUUCCACCCAGCUUUCCUCUGCUCCUCCAGCUGUGGUGAGGAGGGUGGGCGGUAAACCGGCCAUGGUGCCUCUGACUACAGUGGACACGGGAACAACACUCGGAGGCAAAAAAGGAAAAAAGAAAAAAGAUCCCAAUGAACCACAGAAGCCAGUGUCAGCCUACGCUCUGUUCUUCAGAGACACCCAGGCAGCCAUUAAAGGCCAGAACCCUAAUGCCACAUUUGGAGAGGUGUCAAAGAUAGUGGCAUCCAUGUGGGACAGUCUUGGAGAAGAGCAAAAACAGGUUUACAAGAGGAAAACAGAGGCAGCCAAGAAAGAGUAUCUGAAAGCAUUAGCAGCCUACAGAGUAAAUCAGCUCUCCAAAUCAUCUACUGAGGUGGAGGAUAGCACUCCUUCCACUCCUCCCUCUGUCCAUUACGGUAUGGAGAUGGAGGUAAGCAUUGCUCCUGAGGCCUCCUCUUCAGCUCCUGCAAAUCUCUGUGUCCGUGCUGGGUGUACAAACCCUGCUGUGGAGAGUCGAGACUGGGAUAAGGAGUAUUGCAGCAAUGAAUGUGUGGCCACACACUGCAGGGAUAUUUUCAUGGCCUGGUGUUCAAUCAAGAGCCAGAACUCAGCCACCGUCAAAUAAAUGAAAAUCCUCCUGUUUCUGGGUCUUAACAUGCCUGGAUGUGUCUUUUAUUAGAGAACACAACAGAAUUUUACUGGAUUUACGAGUGAAGGUUUAGUGUUUUGUUGUAAAUAGCUAAGGCAUGAAAAAAGUAGUGGAAAAAUCAGUUAUAAAUUGAAAAUGUCUUUGUUACAACUGUUGGAGAUAUUAAUGAAUGUACUGCAAAACCCAACUUGUUUGGUUUCCACAUUGAAACAGAAAAGGACCUACGUGAUUAUUGUACUUUAUUUGGACCAGAGAUUUAUUUUUUAUGUACGUUACUAGUGAUUUGAUUUAAAGCAAUUUUCAAAUGCAAUAGUUGUGAUUAUGAUGAAAAAUGAGUAUUAGUGAACCUCAAGUAAUGCAAUCAUUCUGCAAUUCUCUGUUUUGUUUAAUGCAAUUUUCUCAUGUUGUACUGACAGUAUCUUAGAUCAGUGUUCAGAAGUGCUAUCAUGUCAAAUCUUUUUGCCUUAGUUGUUUUUUUUUUUAGAUUGUGUUACAGAAAUUAUUCAAGUAUUAAUAAAAGGCCGCCAAAAUG